AUGUCAACAACAUCCGUCACCACGCUUGUCAUACCGGCCAUGAAGGGUGUCGUUAUAUCAGAAAAUAAAUGUCCCAUGUGUUGGGGUGAAGGCUUUCCCCAAGAUGGUUCUGGCGCCCACGAUAGAAUCCAGGAGUUGGAGGGGCAAGUGCAUACGUUGACAGCGCGCGCUUUGGCUGCAGCCUCCAAACUUAGCGAGUACGAAGACGAACUCCGCCGUCUCCGCGCCUCCCAGCCCCAAGGAGCCUACCACACCCCGCGCAGCAGCUCUUCACUGGGAAGACCCCCCUCCCGAGCCGACCAUUCAUCACCACAGCGCCCAACAUCCUCAGAAUCUCAAUCCCAACGACAAACAUACCACAGCCGCCUCACAAACCUAGCCUCCUUCCUCCCCUACCGACGUGGCAGCGCAACCCCCGCACCAGCAGCAUCCAGCGGCCCCCUCCCAAGUACCCCGACCGCGCUGGGAACACCACUCCUACACAUGUCCCCCGCGAACAGCGAGCACACCUCCGAGCUGCAGGAUGCGCUUGCGCGCGAGCAGAAACUGCGCGAGGCUGCCGAGUCGCAACUCUCGCUGGCGAGUACCGAGCUAGAGGAGUUGACGGUGCAGCUUUUCAGUCAGGCAAAUGAGAUGGUCGCAGAGGAGCGCAAGGCUCGCGCGAAGCUUGAGGAGAGGGUUGCUGUGCUGGAAAAGAGGGAUGUGGAGAAGCGCGGUCGGUUGGAGAGGUUGGAGAAUGCUGUGGCGCGCGUGGAGCGAUUGAGGGCAUUGGUUAAUCAAUGA